AGCUCAAACAAAUUCAUGCACUUAUCCUCACAACAGGCCUCUCCAUCAAGAACAGCUUGGUCACUCACCUCCUCACAUCUCUCACUGUCUUGGGUGACAUGCCAUAUGCUCGCCAAUUGUUCGAUGAAUUGCACAAGCCGAGACCUUUUAUAUGGAACACUGUCAUCAAAGGCUACGUCAAGAAUGGAAUUCACACUGAAGCUGCCUUAAUCUAUAGACAAAUGCAUAUGCUUUAUGUUAAACCAGACCCUUUUACAUACCCUUUUGUGAUCAAGGCAUGUGCUGAACUGAAUUAUUCAUGCGUUGGUCUGGCAGUUCAUGUGCAGCUUUUGAAACAUGGAUUAGAAUUUGUAGCUAUGGUGAGGACUGAGUUGAUGGUGAUGUAUGUGAAGUUUGGUGAUCUGGGUUCUGCUGAUUACUUGUUUCAGAGCAUGGUUGAGAAAGAUUUAGUGGCUUGGAAUGCUUUGAUAGCGGCUUAUGCACAAAAUGGGCAUGAUGUUAAUGCUCUCGGGCUGCUUCGCCAAAUGGCUGUCAGUGGAAUCAGACCUGAUGCUGUGACUGUCGUGAGUGCACUUUCAGCUUGUUCUCAUUUGGGGUGCCCGGACACUGGGGAGGAAAUUUAUGAGGUUGCAAGAAGAGAAGGGAUUGAUAGCAAUAUAAUUGUUGACAAUGCACGGCUUGACAUGCAUGUGAAAUGUGGAAGUAUUGAAAUGGCGUGGAAUCUCUUCGAUAACAUGCCUUUUAGGAACGUUAUCUCUUGGAGUGCUAUGAUUGGAGGGUAUGCUAUGAACGGGCAGAGUGAGAAGGCAUUGUCAUUGUUCUCUAGGAUGCAAAAUGACGGGGUGCGGCCAAAUUAUGUCACAUUUCUUGGUGUUCUAUCUGCGUGCAGCCAUGCUGGGCGUGUAAGGGAAGGAUUGAAUUAUUUCAAUUACAUGGUUCAGUCCAAUGACAAAAGAAUGAAACCUAGAAAAGAACAUUAUGCUUGUAUGGUGGAUCUUCUUGGCCGUUCAGGGCAUCUUGAACAGGCUUAUAAUCUUGUAAAGAGCAUGCCUACUCAGCCAGAUGCAGGAGUGUGGGGAGCUUUGUUAGGUGCUUGUGCAAUUCAUCAUGAUGUUGAAUUGGGCCAGCACGUGGCAGAUUUGCUCUUUGAGUUAGCCCCUGAUAUUGGUUCCUAUCAUGUUUUGUUGUCGAACACGUAUGCAGCUGCAGGGAGGUGGGAUUGUGUUGAAAAGGUUAGGCGGAAAAUGAGAANUGAAUUGGGCCAGCACGUGGCAGAUUUGCUCUUUGAGUUAGCCCCUGAUAUUGGUUCCUAUCAUGUUUUGUUGUCGAACGCGUAUGCAGCUGCAGGGAGGUGGGAUUGUGUUGAAAAGGUUAGGCGGAAAAUGAGAAAGAAAGGUGUGAAGAAAGUGGCUGCAUAUAGCUCAAUUGAAUUUAAUGGUCAGGUUCAUGUUUUAUAUGGGGGAGACAGAUCGCACCCACAGGCAGAGAGAAUAUAUAAGAAGCUAGAGGAACUAAUCAAACAAAUGAAGAGCAUGGGCUACAAUCCAAGGACUGGCUCUGUGUUACAUGAUGUGGACAUUGAGGAAAAGGAAGCUACACUUAGCAGUCACGGUGAAAAACUUGCAAUUGCAUUUGGUCUAAUCAAUGCGCAUGAACCAACAAAGACUCUGAAGUGGGAAGCAACUGGUCUUGGAGAAAAUGCAGUAUAUGUAGCAACUCUGAAGUGGGAAGCAACUGGUCUUGGAGAAAAUGCAGUAUAUGUAGCAGUACUUUCUUUUCCCAGGUGGCGGAUGCUCUUCCAAAGUCUAAAGUACGAAGAAAAGGAAGCCCUUGAUCCUAGAAGAGAUAGCUCAGAACCGGAGCAUGUUUGUGGCUCAAGGAAUCCUUCCAAGGCCUACAUAAAGAAGAGAUUGCUAUAUUCUGACUGA